UUUAGGUUAUACGCGUUGAUGUUACGAACUUCUCUCGCUCGUCGUUAUUUUAUUGUUGAAACUAAGUUAUUCCCUUCGUAGCCUGAGUAAGCAAUAAAUGCCGGACGUUUUGCUUUCAGAUAUGAUAUCAGUACAAUUAGGAGAACAAGAACCAUGGCCUCAGUUGAUAAAACUGUAUCAGCCUUACGAAGUGGAGCAGAUCCUUCUACCUGACAAUGCAAAUUGCCUUGCGGUUCAAGCUUACCUCAAGAUGUGCGGUCUGGAAUUUCAGAUCGAGCCCCGACAUAAUGCCGAAUUCAUGUCCCCUUCAGGACGUGUGCCCUUUAUUCAAUGUGGUGCCUUCCUUGUGUCAGGUUUCGACAACAUCGUUAACUUUAUCAGCAGCAAAGGCGCUGGCUUAUCGGAUCGACUUAGCAUGGGAGAAAAGGCUGACAUGAGAGCCUUUCUAUGUUUGAUUAAUGUCUUAGUUAACGCAGAGCAAUAUAUCUGUUGGGUGGAUGAAACUACCCUGAACUCAGUUACGUUGCCUCGGCACGGUAGCGUGUACCCUUGGCCGUUGAAUCACCUCAUGAACUGGAAGAAGCGGGUCCAGGUUAUAAAAAAACUUAAAGCUCUGGGUUAUCAUGACUGGACUGUCGAAGCUAUUCUCAAUGACGUAAAGGCCUGCUGCAGUGCUCUCAGUGAACGCCUCAACAAUAGUCACUAUUUUUUUGAAAAGUUCCCAACUGAACUGGAUGCUCUGGUCUUCGGUCACAUCUUCACGAUCCUGACAACUCCACUACCAAACGACUUGGCAAAUGUCGUCAAGGAGUUUCCUCAGCUCGUAAACCUGUGCAAACGCAUUGAGACAAAAUAUUUCCAACCUUCGUACUAACAGCAGCUGAUAUGCUCCGACUUCAGGUAUAUCGAAAUCAAGUACACCGAUUGUGAGAGAGCCAAGUUCCUGUGCUAUGCUACCGAUGCCACCAAGAAUAAGUUCAGAGGACGUAUCAUUUGUUGCGUUCAAUAAGUCUUUAAAGGCUAACGAGAGAACAGAGAAACUGUACAAAGGAAUUAACUUAUCUCCCAAUAACAUCCGAAGCUGUAUACCUGAAACCGGAGUAAUAUUUUCAUAGCGUAGUGUAUAGAAAUGUUAAUAGUUAAUACAAAGUAGGGUUUAAUUUAAGAAGCAAUAGGCUAUUUAAGAUACCUUCUCCUUAAGUUUUGCACGCAUCUCAUUCGCGAUAUUUUUGAUGGAUUGUCACAUACAUUUUUUAGAUACGACGCGCAACUCGACCUUUUUAUUCGUCAAUGUACUUUAUUUUUACGCUCUCGAUCAUGACUCUUAAUGGAGCGUUUAUAUUUGUAGUACAUUAUUGACGUAAACAAAGUUUACCAUUUAUUUGUAUUAACCAUACCUUAUUACUUUGUAUACGCGUUCUUUUGUAACAUAACAAUUAAUAUAUUUCUUCUUUGGAAAAAGGAAGUAAUUAUAUACAGAGACUGUAUGACUGUAGACAGUCAUUAGAUUGCAGAGUUAAGAGAAAGAUACUGGAAGAUCUACUGGUUCUAAUUAAUCUAAUUGUUGUUACUCCACGAUCGUGGCGAAGUAAACAAUUUAUCAUUGUC